AUGGCUUUGCAAAGGUUUCCUUUAAUGAUGGGGCUGCUUUUGCUUAUAACAAUCGUCGGCUCUCCGGCAAAUGCCGAUGGUCCUGUUUGUCCACCUACACCGUCAAGCACACUAAGCCGGGAACAUUUCCCUGAAGGUUUUCUGUUUGGCACAGCUACUGCCGCAUACCAGGUUGAAGGAGGAGUGAAUGAAACUUGUCGUGGACCAUCUCUAUGGGAUAUCCACUGUAAGAAAUAUCCAGAGAAAUGUAAUUUUCAGAAUGGGGAUGUGGCCGUUGAUUUCUUCCAUCGUUAUAAGGAAGAUAUUCAACUUAUGAAGAAUCUAAACUCAGACGCCUUCAGACUCUCUAUCGCAUGGCCAAGAAUAUUUCCUCAUGGGAGAAAAGAGAAAGGAGUGUCUCAAUCUGGUGUCCAGUUCUACCAUGAUGUCAUUGACGAGCUCCUAAGAAAUGGUAUAAUUCCUUUCGUGACUGUUUUCCACUGGGACACUCCACAAGAUUUAGAAGAUGAAUAUGGCGGCUUUUUAAGCGACAGGAUUGUGAUGGAUUUCCGGGAGUAUGCAGAUUUUGUUUUCCAAGAAUACGGUGGUAAGGUGAAACAUUGGAUCACUUUCAACGAGCCAUGGGUUUAUUCUCACGCCGGUUAUGACAUUGGGAAGAAAGCACCAGGACGUUGCUCUAAGUAUGUCAAUGAAGCAUGUCCUGACGGACGAUCGGGACGUGAGGUUUAUAUCGUCAGUCAUAACCUCCUUAACGCUCACGCAGAAGCUGUUGAAGCUUUCCGAGCAUGCACAAAGUGUAAAGGUGGUAAGAUCGGAAUCGCACAUAGUCCACUUUGGUUCGAGCCACAUGACCUUCAAGAUGCACAAGACGGUGCCUCUAUUGAGCGUGCACUUGAUUUUAUGCUUGGAUGGCAUUUGGAAACAACUAUCACUGGAGAAUACCCACAGAUCAUGAUAGAUAUUGUUGGAGAUAGAUUGCCCAGAUUUAAUGCUACACAGAAGAAAAAGUUGAUAAACUCAACGGAUUUUGUUGGGCUCAACUACUACUAUUCGCAGUUUUCAAACCAUUUGGAAAAGCCAGAUUAUUCAAAGCCAUAUUGGAAGCAAGAUUCUCUUAUUCACUGGGAAGAAAAGAGUGUACUGAACCAAAGCAUUGGUAGCAAGCCUUUGACCUCUGCAUUGAGCGUUUUCUCGGGAGGAUUUAGAAAACUAUUGAAGCACAUCAAGCAUAAGUACGCAAAUCCGGAAAUUAUGAUCAUGGAAAAUGGAUAUGGAGAAAUUCUUGGAGACAAAGAUUCAGUUGAAGUUGGUACUAAUGAUCCUAACAGGAAAUACUAUCUUCAGAGGCAUCUUUUGAGUAUGCACGAAGCUAUUUGCAUCGACCAGGUGAAGGUUACAGGAUAUUUCAUAUGGUCAUUGUUGGAUAACUUCGAGUGGCAAGAUGGUUACAAGACCAGAUUCGGACUAUAUUACAUUGAUUUCAAGAAUAACCUCACGCGUCAUGAAAAACUUUCGGCUAGGUAUUACAAAGAAUUCCUCAGUAAAGGUAUUCGUCCAUCGCAGAUCAAGAGGGAUGAGCUUUGA